AUGUCGUCCAUUUCGGAUAUCGGCGACAAGGCCCGAGUGGGGGUCACCACAGUUCCGCAUUUGCUUUUCUUGAAGGUCAGCAAAAUCCAGGAAGGAGGUGCAGUAGGGAACUUGGACUCAUACUCUGACCUCAACUUGGCCUGCAUAUUCAGCAACUCUCGUUUGUGGAUUUUCCGCACGUUCUCAACCUGCUUCUGCAAGUCCGGGUCCUGCUCGAAACAAGCCUGUACGCCGACCUCUGAGCUUCAGUUUCUCGUUCUCCAUUUCAGCCAACCGCGAAACAAGCUCGCGAAUCCGGCUUUGAUAGAUUUCAUCCUUCUCGUCCCCUUCCAUGGCAGAUAUCUGAGAUGCAUUCAGAGCCUGCUGAAGGUCCUGGAUACGAGUUUGAAGGAUGCGGACUUGAGAAGCUUCGGGAGUGCGGCUGCAACGAAUGCGCGGGUCGAAUUCAGUGUCGGAGACAGCGACACCUAUUUAAAAAAUGAUAAAGUAGAAGCGUGCUACGGUUUCCUUUUUACAAAGACAGGUGUCGCACAAACUCCACCCGGAAAGUCCUUCAAUAAUGACUGCGGUUUCCCCGCUUUCAGCUCAGAAUUGCAUCGUUCCAUCGUGACGAUUUUAGCAGACAUUUCGUCAAUGUACGCGUUCUUUCGGUCCAUUUCUCGCCUCAAAGCAGACAACAGUUCAUCAUUCGUGGCUUCCAAGGCCUUGGUCAACGGCAAAGCGUUCAACUGGUCCUUCAUGGCAGCGACAGCAAUGUCCUUUGCUUCCAUUGACGCCUUGUGGGUGUCGCUCUCAAGCUGCAGAGCUUUGCAUCGUUCAACUGCCGACUUCAAAUCUGCUCUGGCAUUGUCUUAUACUAGCGUCUCUUGCAGCUACGGAAGUCGAAAUGGACGUGGCUUCGUUGCGGAAUUCGUUUUUCAACUGGUCUCGCGUUUGUUGUUCGAGCAGCAGGUCUUGUUGCAAAGAAACAAUCUGAGCGUUGAGAUCGUCUCUUUCGGCCGACAGGGACUCGAGCUUCUCGCCCAACACGGAGAUUUCCGCGCUUUUCGAAGAGCAUUCGGCUUCGUUCAAUGCGUGGUGUUCUUGUCGAAGAGUUUCCAACUGGGUUUCGAGAGUCGUUUUGGCUUCAUUCACGAGAGCGAGUUCGGAUCUGAGAAAAAACAUGGGGUUUGCAUGUACCAGUUUCUGUUCCUCCAUUUCCUUGGUCAGCUCCUCGCACUUUUUCUCCACGCUGAUUUUGCGUUCGAGUUGGCACGCCAAAGCGGUUUUCGCUCGAUUCACAAUCUCCAACUCAGUCCUGAGGUUCGCAAUCGUGGUUUCCUUGUUGGCGUCUGGGCCGGGUUCCGGGAUCGGAUUAACCCUGUCGAGUUCGGAUCGGACGUAUUCGAGGUCAGAUUCGGCUCUGCCCGUGUCCUGUCGAGCCUUGGCAAUGUCGGCAGUCAGGUCGGUGACCUGGCCGUC